AUGACGAAUUCUAAAUAUACACUUUUGAAACAGGUAAUCCUGCUGGCUGGCCUGGGACUCAUCAUCAAUUUUGUUUUUGCAUACCUGCUUCAGUCAGAAGCCACCAAGCUGGUCACAAUUGGACUCAUUGUCGCCUCUUUCUCCGCCUCUGUCUGCAGUUUGCUGGCUAUCACUGUGGACCGCUACCUCUCCCUGUAUUACGCCCUGACGUACCACUCCGAGAGGACCGUCACCUUUACCUAUGUCAUGCUAGUGAUGCUCUGGGGAACCUCCAUCUGUCUGGGGCUGCUGCCUGUCAUGGGCUGGAACUGCCAGUCCACCUGCAGUGUGGUCAGACCUCUCACUAAGAACAACGCUGCCAUCCUCUCCAUCUCCUUCCUCUUCAUGUUUGCCCUGAUGCUUCAGCUCUAUGUCCAGAUUUGUAAGAUUGUGAUGAGGCACGCCCAUCAGAUAGCCCUGCAACACCACUUCCUGGCUACAUCGCACUACGUGACUACCCAGAAAGGGGUCUCAACCCUGGCUCUCAUCUUGGGGACCUUUGCUGCCUGCUGGAUACCUUUCACCCUCUAUUCCUUGAUCGCUGAUUACACCUACCCCUCCAUCUAUACCUAUGCCACCCUCCUGCCCGCCACCUACAAUUCCAUCAUCAACCCUGUCAUAUAUGCUUUUAGAAACCAAGAGAUCCAGAAAGCCCUCUGCCUCAUUUGCUGUGGGUGCAUCCCUUCCACGCUGUCUCAGAGAGCACGGUCUCCCAGCGAUGUGUAGCAGCCUUCUCCCCACAGGACGCUGCCUCUACCAAGCGCCCCCACUGCCCAGGGUGGCCAGUG